UUAAUUCAGACAGUUCAGCUCUGGUAGCAUUCACUUCGAUUAAAAAAGCCUCGCGAGAAUCUCUUUGGCUUCUCGUCUCGUAUCCGAUAUAUCGAAUGCCUUCAAUGAAUAUGGAAGAUGCGGCCUUGGAUCUACAGCUCUCACGAAUCAUUUCCGCCGUCGAACAGACCACGAUAUUCACAACCAUUGUACCGAAGCCAACUGCCCAAUCAGAGGGUACGACAACUGCAGAUUCACCUGUUGUUACAGUUACACAGGAAAGCAACUCAGAUAAUGGCUCGUCUGGUCUGCCUGGAACCAAGAUCUUUGGAGCACUUGAGAUUAUCAUUGCUCUUGGUGUGCUAGCUGGUAUAUUGCUUCUCAUCAUGAGCAUCAUUCUAUGUGACCGACGAAGAAAAUCCAAGCGAAAGCGAGCAGCCGAGAGAGCUCAGAACAGAAUGACAGAUAAGAGUGAACCAAUAGAAGGACACCAACAACCAUCAGGAGCACGGUUGCCAGAGUCAAUAUGGCCCAGGAUGGCGGACAAGAACCAAGCUGUUCAUGAUUACUGGCACAGUGAAACGUUACGGCAGAAACAAGGCUGGAAUCAAGGACAACAAGCUGGCGUGCAACAGGGUCUACCUAGAUAUGGAUAGCUUCGAUAACCAAUUUGACACGUGCACGGAGAAAAGUAGUAACAG